AUGUCUCUGCAGACCCCCGGGCAGCUUUCCAACAAAACUUUCCUCAUAGUAUCUAUUACCCUUACUUGCGUUGCUUCCCUUUUCGUCGUUGCGCGCCUUAUCGCCAGCUGGCAGCGCAAGCCAAAGAGGCAUGUUGAUCGUAUUGAUGAUUACAUCGCGCUUGCCGCGCUACUCGUUCUGGCUGCAACCGUCGCCGGAUACAAUGAACUCAUUCUCGCGUUGUCGAGCCCUCAAACCAAGCUUGCCUCAUUGAUGAGAUUGAGCAAUGCUUUAACUUGGCUCGGAGCACUCAUGCUCUGGGGCUGCAAAGUACCCAUUCUUGUCCUCUACAUCACCCUUUUUAACGUCAAGACGUGGCUCAGAAUAUCUUCGUAUGCAAUCAUCGCUGUCACUGCCACAAUAUUCAUUAUAAUGGCUUCUUUUGUCACUGCAAAAUGUACCGGGCCCCUAGAUGAGGGUUUACUUUGGCGGUGCCAGCCGGCUUCGACUAAAGCAGGUUUUACUCUGGGGCUUGUAUCCAUCAUUACCGAUGCUCUCAUAUUUGUACUGCCCAUUUCUGUUAUCGUCCGCCUACAACUUCCUCUUAAGAAGAGGAUAGGUGUAUCUAUCAUAUUCGCUGGAGGCCUUGUUGCUAUUGCUGCUAGCGCAGUCUCGACCAGUUACAAGUGGAAGUCAUUGAAGUGGUCCGCCUCCGGCGGCACAAAUGACAUGAUCUGCACUGUAGUCGAAUGCGCCGUCGCUAUCAUGGUUGCUUGCAUCCCAGCGGGGUACGGUUUAUGGUCUCGCAACAUCGCCACGAGCGGCCUCUACUCCAGGGUCUCGUCUGCCUUCUCUCAUUUAUUCCUCGUCAGGUCCAGGCGUUCGAGAUCUGGAGCAUGCGACACCUCGGUCAGGUCACAGAAGUCUCAUGCCUCGACCGGCAGCACAAAGUUGGUUCAUAUCCAUCAGACAGGACAGGAUAAGUCCGGGCUAUCUGAAGAAGAAGUGUAA